GAUCAUGGGAAAUCUGGGUAUUUUGGCGCCAACAACACCGGGCACAUUUUCCAGGAAAUUCUGUCAUGAGUCGAUCUUUUCCUCGUGUGUCAGGAGUUCUCGCCUCAUUGGUCAAAGGACAUAACAGCAAAGCCCACCCAGGAGUUCCACCCAGGAUGUACCAACCGGUUGGGUUUACAUGUAAAGCGUGCCAUGUCUUUGCGGUAAAUGAAGUAGACAUUCAAAACCACUGUGUCUUGAUCCAUAUUAUCGGAGAUGCUGCUUCUUCAGCCGCAAAGCCACCGCAGAUCAAAGUAGAACCUGACCAACCACAAGAAGAUCAAGCACAACAAUCAGAAGAAGAGCGAGAGCUGCCCAGGAUCAAAGCAGAGCAACAACAACUGCCAGUGGAAGAUCUAGAGGCAGAUCCUGAUGAUCCUAGUGUUAAAGAGCCUGAGCAACAGGCGGAUGGAGAGAGAGAUGGAGAAAACCCUCGGGCUCACCCACCGCCCAGUAUUGACCCGCAUGUCAAAAGGAGACAAGACUUGGCGGAGAGGAUGCAGAAGUGGGACAAACGGAGACGGGAACAGUAUGAGAGAGCGGACAAGGACCUCAGAACGGUGCGGCAUAUCAUGAUAAGGGUAAGGAAGAACACCCGCAAGAGCAAGGUGGAGCAUCGGCUCUACAAAAAGCUGCUGGAGAAGGAAACUGCCAGACUGAGGCGGAAAUGGAAGUCACCAGAGCUGGAGCCAACAAAGGAACAAGUCCUGAAGGCUCUGAAACGUAAGUGCCGUCAGCUGCAGGAGAAGCUUGGUAAGUUACGGAGAGAACCGAGACCAUCCACACAGAAUCAACACUGCGAGAACUACUCCUGGCCCCGAUCCACAGUGCCCAACAACAAGCGAAGAGAAACAAAGAAACUCAGGAGAAAAAGGACAGCAUUAGAUAAGAAAAGACAGUGGAUUGGAAAGAUUAAAAAGUGUGUUACAGAGGGCUUUCUGCUCAAGACAAAAGACCACUGUUUUCUGAAAAAUCUUGCAGGAAAAGCAAAGCAUGAUGGCAAGCAGACAGAGCAAUAUUUCAACUAUCUUAAGAAGCUCUUAUUCAAGGAAGAGUGCAUUGUGAAGGCUGAGAUGCUAAAACUGAAGUAAGAAAGAAAAAUUUAGAAUAUUGCAAGAAGAAAAUGGUUUAUUUAGUUGUAGUUUUAUACUUACACUGUUUUGUAGUGCUUUGUGCCUUGCUGUAUGGCCAGAAUACUUGUUACGUGUUACAUCAAAUGAUGUCAUGUAGGGCCAAGUAUGCCCUAUCUUUAUUUUGUCCAUAUAAGUAGAGGCAUUUAUUCUUUUUUUAUGCAACAGGUGUUUAUUUCUUCUAGUUUCCAGAGUUUUCCAGUGUAGAAAGUGUGUUCAUUACUACCGAUGUGAGACGCAUAUGAAAGAUCAAGUAUAAUUCUAGCAGCCCGGUUGACUGGGUCUGAUCAAAAGUAACCUGUAAUGCUUGCUAGUCACUUUCUCAGGAAGAUCUUUAGUUGGCAGUAAAUCUUUU